ACAUUUCAUAAGUAGUGUCCUGUAUCAAACGCGCAGUUGUAGAGGAAAAUCAGCCGAGUCGUUCUGGUAUUUAGGUGGACUUUACGAAAUACCGUAUUGUUAAUUCGGGCAUGCGCGAUGGCGUGGAUUCUAAAACGAAUUGUUGAAGGUCACCUUGAGUAAACUCGCCGGCAACGAGUCGGCUCUACUCUACAACACCUCCAGCUGCCGCCCCUACGUGACCUGCCGCACGGAACUGCAACAUUUACCUCCAAGAUGGCGACAAUCGAGAAGCUGUUCCAGCCCAUCCAGCCCAAGAGCGAGGACACCGGGAGCAAGAUCACGGUCGUCGGGACGGGACAAGUUGGCAUGGCCGCUGUCUUCUCGAUGCUUACACAGGGAGUAACGAAUAACAUUGCCCUUGUCGACGUGAUGGAGGACAAAUUAAAAGGAGAAAUGAUGGACUUACAACACGGUUCUGCCUUCAUGAGGAACGCCAGAAUUCAAGCGAGCACAGAUUACUCAAUUUCCGCUGGGUCCAAAAUCUGCGUAGUCACGGCCGGCGUGCGCCAGCGCGAAGGAGAAUCCCGCCUUGACCUCGUCCAAAGGAACACAGAUGUUCUCAAGAUCAUCAUUCCGCAACUAGUAAAAUACAGUCCGGACGCAGUCCUGAUCAUAGCCAGCAACCCAGUGGACAUUCUCACUUACGUCACUUGGAAAAUCAGUGGUCUGCCGAAGCACCGCGUCAUCGGGUCUGGUACAAACCUUGACUCCGCAAGAUUCCGCUACCUUCUUUCCGACAAACUGUCAGUAGCGGCUACUUCCUGCCACGGAUACAUUAUUGGAGAACAUGGAGACAGCAGUGUUCCAGUAUGGUCUGGAGUGAACGUCGCUGGUGUAAGACUGAGUGAAAUUAACCCAAAAAUCGGUACCGACAAUGACCCUGAAAACUGGAAGGAGUUGCAUGAAAUGGUCGUGAAGAGCGCAUAUGAGGUUAUCAAACUAAAGGGUUACACUUCAUGGGCUAUCGGCCUCUCGCUCGCACAGCUCUCCCGGGCCAUUCUCACCAACGCAAACAGUGUACACCCAGUUUCCACGUACUUAAAGGGCGAGCAUGGUAUCGAAGAGGACGUAUUCUUAUCUUUGCCCUGUGUAUUGGGAUCCUCGGGAGUAUCGGACGUCAUCCGCCAGCCUCUCACCGAAAACGAGCUCAGCCAACUGCGCAAGUCCGCACAGCUGAUGGCUCAGGUGCAGGCCGGCAUCAAGUUUUAGAUGUUUAUUAGUCCAAAGAUUUUUCCUCAUAAUGUUUGCUUCUAAAUGUUAAGUCAGUGUAAUUAGGUAAAUUUUGAGAAUUAUGAGAAUUUAGGCAUACAAUUAUUAUUAUAACGCUUAUACCUAUUUUUAAAUAAGUGCUUAAAUAUAAUUAUUUAAUUUAUAUUAUUAUAUUACUUAAAGAGAUAAUUUAAGUUAUAAAAAUUUAUGAAAUAACUCUCAGUGAGCUGGCAAGUACUUGAGCCAUUUUAAUUUUAUUAGGAAGGUUAAGCGAAGGUGUAUCUACCACCAAAUUUUGUUAAAUUUACGUCACAAUUUACGUCACAAUUUACAUCAUAUUUUAUAUUAUUGUAUAAACCAAGGUAUAAACCAAACUCUUGCUGAACCUGAAGUUUUUCAGCUUAAACUGAGCAAUAGAUUCGCUUCCUUGGAACCCACGAACAACGUUGAUCAGAAACUUCAACAAGUUACUGAAAUUCUAAGGGACGAGGGCAAGGGCUUCUUCAAAAUAAAACCCACCGGCAAAAAGUAAAAUCUUUCGCGGGAGACUCUAACCUUGAUGAACGAGCGACGCGAUAACCCACAAUCAGCUUUGUCAUCUCAAAGGACACUAAAUAAGAAAAUAUUUAAGAUGGUUCGGCGCGACCUUAGAUCCUACAACACUCUUGCAGUUGAAAAUGCAAUUGAGCAAAAUCGUGGAUCGAAAGUGUUCGCGCAAAACCUUGAUAGGUCCUAUCUGACAAAGCUGACCACAUCCACUGGGAGCGUCCUGACAUCAAGACCGGAGAUUCUCGCGGAGGUCUAGACGAGUUGGAGUUGGCCCUAAGGCAACUUAAAAAUGGAAAAGCCCCGGGAGAGGACGGAUUAACCACGGAGCGUAUAAAAGCAGGGGGAGCUCCUGUCCUAAAAGAACUACGGGAUCUGUUUAACUCUGUUCUCUUUACUGGGAGAACUCCGAGGGUGUGGAGCGAAAGCGUCGUGGUGCUGUUCUUUAAAAAAGGGGAUAAAACCCUUUUAAAGAACUACAGGCCCAUAUCGCUUUUGAGCCACAUCUACAAGUUGUUCUUAAG